CCUUCUGGAACGGCCAUUUCACAAAGUAGUUUUGGAUAGAGUAUUAUUACAAAAUCAAGAUCAAGAAACAUUAUUAAAUGAUCUUGUAGAAGUCUUGAAAGAAGUGCAAGCCUAUUUCCAAGAGCAAUUUAUAAGCAAAAAAAAUAGCCAUACAGAGACCAAAAAACUUUGGUCUGAUGAGUACCAACCCAAAGAAAGAAUUCAAGAUUCCUGGUUUGAUCUG